UGCAUGUCGGAGUACUGGGACUAGUUAGCCAGCCCUUCUUCUAUAUCGGUGUCCGAAAUCGUACUAAACAUGCACUCUCGUGUAAGAAUGAGCAUUUUAGGAAUAUUUGGGUAUGCAGCUUUAAAGAUGGCUUUCCCGCCGGAGCAAGCUGGUAGUCAGAGGGACAUGUGGUUGUUGGGGAGACUAAUAACUACAGCUACUGUGAUAUAUAGCUGCCAGUUAGUGAAGGCAUUGAGGUUAUGUAUCUAUAUUAUGAGCUGGUUACUUCAGAGGAAACGUAAGGUGAACAUUAUGACAUGCUUAUGACUGGUAUUUUAUGGUAUAAUCGGCUGUUUUGAAAUAAUAAUCAAGCCAUUUCGCCGAACACCUGCAGCGAAAAUCGGGCAUUCUGGACAGUUCUGUUCGGGCUGCGCCAAUAUCACUUCUGCAGGCCCAUGGCAAGUUGUGAAUUUGAAUAUCUUUAGGCACUUCGAUUAUUAUACAAACUAGAACUAUGUCAAACUCGC